AUGGCAUCGAAAGAAUUAAAUGGAGAUCAAUGGGAAAAGAUUAUUCUGGAUAAUAUUCCAAAAUUGAAAGUAUUUCGAUUUCAAAUGUUUGUAAGUUUGAAUUGGAUUGACAACACAGAACAACAAAUUGAUCAAUUACUCAAUACAUUUCGAACUCCAUUUUGGCUUAAUGAACAUCAAUGUCCAUCGAUUCGUCGACUUAGAAUAAAUCCUUAUUCCAGACAUCUCCAUUUUGACUUUGAUCAUCUACAAUGUACUGAAUUUCUUACAACACCACUUGUACUUCAAUGUGAAGUUCUGGAAAUUCGAAUUAGAUCUCCAGAGAGUAUUUUAGAUAUUCUCAAUUCAAUAAAAAAUCGUCGAUCAAUGACAAUUCAUGUAGCAGAUGCUAUUCAUCUUCAACCACGUAUAACUGAAAAGUGA